AUGCGAAAGGCCAAGAAGAAGAGUGGCAGAGGGGCGCAGCAUGGAAACGUGCAGCCUUUCAGCGAUGAGGACGCCUCCGUUGAGACCCUCAGUCAUUGCAGCAGCUUCAGUGAUGGCACGAGUGUGGCGGAUGAAGGUGGAGAGGCCAGCGAGGACGCAGCCCAAGAGGAUUUCCAGUAUAAGCUAAAAGGGUUCAUAGACAGCACAGUGGAUAAGAGUGCUAAAACCAGACAGGGGGCGCUGGACGGGCUUAAAACGGCAAUGGCCACCCGCAUUCUGUACGAGUUCAUCUCAGAGCGAAGGAUGACAAUCACGGAUAGUAUUGAGCGCAGCUUAAAAAAAGGGAAAGGUGAAGAGCAGCGUGCAGCGGCGUCUUUAGCCUGCUUGCUGUGCAUCCAGCUAGGCUCGGGCAUCGAGAGUGAGGAGGUUUUCAAGACCCUCAAGCCGGUUUUUAAAAACAUCCUGGCUGACGGCACGGCUAACAUGCAAGGAAGACAAGCGGUGGCGACAAGUUUAGGCCUCUGCACUUUAGUUGCAGAAGAUGAUGUUUUGGAUGUUCGCACCACCAUGGAGUGCUUCGAGAACCUCUUCACCCGCUCCUAUGCCAGGGCGGACGGCACGUGCGCUUCCAUCAGCGCGCCUACCAGCCAGCUCCACACCAACGCCCUUCUGUCCUGGGCGCUGUUGCUAACCAUCUGCACCGGGAGCCAACUAAAAGACAUCUUGCACAAACAUCUGCCCAAGCUUCCAAGGUUGUUGGAGAGCGAUGACGUCAACAUGAGAAUUGCUGCUGGCGAAACCAUUGCCCUGCUUUUUGAGUUGGCUAGAGACAUGGACCCGGAGUUUGAAUUCGACGGCUGGGACGAGCUAUGCGAUAAACUGAACGCGCUAGCCACCGACUGCAACAAGCACCGAGCCAAGACGGAUAAAAAAAAGCAGCGCUCGGUGUUUAGGGAUGUGCUCAAAGCGGUCGAGGAGGGCGACUUCCAGUCUGAGAGUAUUCGCUUCGGGACUGAACGAAUGACCAUUGACAGCUGGCUCAGAAAGCGGACGUACGACGCGUUCAGGGAGUUCGUGGGCUCCGGAAUGAACUACCACUUGCAGGCCAACGAAUUCAUCAGAGAUGUGUUCCAACUCGGACCUCCCGUGCUGGUUGACUCGGCUACAAUAAAAGCCAUGAAGAUCUCCCGCUUUGAGAGGCAUCUUCACAACUCUGCCGCUUUCAAAGCUCGGACCAAGGCAAGAAGCAAGUUCAGGGACAAGAGAUCAGAUGUGGGCGAUUUCUAA